GAGAUCAUGACUUCUGUCAGAGAGCAGGAAGCCAUCAGGAAGCUCAUGGUUUUCUUGCAAGAAUGGGAUAGUGCCCACAAAGUUGCUCGAAGCCGCAUACUGGACAACUUCAUUAAAAGCAAUGACGGCAAGACAGAACCAGAGCUGGAGCUGGAGUUCUCCCAGGGAGCCAGCUUGUUUCUGGCUCGCCUAACAGCAUGGCUCAGGAUGACCUACAUGUACAGCACAUGCCUCAACAAGCUGCUCAAGUCCAUUGGCAUCUUCUUAUCUGCUUCAAGUGGACGCAGAUACCUUAUUGAAUUUCUGGAGAUCGGAGGUGUCUUAAUUCUCCUGGAAAUACUAAGGCUGAACCAUCUGAAAGAAGAGGACAAAAGGGAGUCUGUAAAGCUGCUGCAGCUCAUCGCAGACGCUGGCAGGAAGUAUAAGGAGCUCAUUUGUGAAAGCUACGGGGUGCGAUCCCUCGCCGAGUUCUUGGCCACUUCCAAUUCAGCAGAGGCUCAAGAAGAUGUGCAGGUUCUGAUGGACUCUUUGGGCCGUGGCAAUCCCAAGUACCAGAACCAAGUCUACAAAGGCCUUGUUGCAGUGCUGCCGUGGGCCUCCCCCCGCGCGCAGCAGCUGGCUCUGCAGACGCUCAGGGUCAUGCAGGCACCCUCCGUCCUCGUGGAGCCCGUGCUGGGUGUGCUGCGCUCGGUGCACCUGGAGGUCCAGUAUGAAG